ACAUUGAAAAUUUCCUGAUCUCUUAGCAACUUUCUCACUCACAAUGUGUAGUCGAUUUCGCCCCGAAUACCUGGUAUCUGAUCCGUGGUGGUGAGGCGAUACCUGAGCAGACUAAGGUUACUUCCGAAUAUGGCGACAUAUCUCCCGGGGACACAGCCGUUCAAUGCAGCAGUCUCUCGACAGUCUAUCGGCUUGUUAGAAAACGCAAAAUCACAGUCAUCUCAAGGGAAUGACUCAACAUCCCUCGAAAUUUGCAAAUACGAAGACAGGCAAAGAACGGAAGAAGAAAAGCGAAGUCAAAGCCUUGCUCUGAUUCAAAGAAUCUCCGAGAGGCACCUCAUCAAGCAACAGGAAUCACCAAAGCAACCGCGAUCUAGAGAACUGCAACAAUAUCUCGAUGUUCUGCAAGAUGCCAUCCCAAGGCUCCCAGACGACUAUCUCCUACCUGGCACUGCACUGCCGAUGAUUACCCUCCCUCAGCCCAGACUGUCACACCCAGUCAUUAUCCCCCAAGGAGGAUUCAGGACAUCGACACCAAAGUUUUCGCGAACUUAUCCCCCCGGCUUGCAAAACUGCGGCAUCAGCAAGAAUGAGUUCUUCAGAUUCGUAGACGAUCUAAACCGGUUAGACGACCCAUCAGUAUUUCCAGGAGACCAAGCUGUGAACACCAGCGGCUUCAAGGACACGGCGGGUCUCACCGCAUCGCAUCCCAUGCCGAUCGCGAUAGCAAUUGGCCUAGCAGCAAAGCAUGUGAAGCGGAUACCGAAACACAGUGCAAUGAGCGAAGUCUUACUAAGGGCGAAUGGCGAGCUUUUCCGUCCCAGGGGCCUCAUCUGCGUUCUUGUCGCAUGUGAGCGGGCAGAGGCGAAGGAGGCGAACAUAUCACCUGAGAGAAAGGGACAUGUCGUCUCGACAAACGGUUUGGAUCGAAGUCGGGAGAAGAAAUUGAAAUUGCGGAAGAAAGUAGGGGUAAGGUUAAGGGAUUUCGGGUGGCCAAUUCUACCACAAGUCGAAGUUGACGACAAGCACGACUUUUAUCCAGACCUCGACAACAAGCGGUUGCCCCUGAGGCAUUCGUAUCGAUCAAGACGAAGGCGAAGUCCUAGCAGCGAAGGCGAGGAAAAGAGGGGACUAGGGCGAGUGAUAGAAGAGCACUACGAAACCGAAGAAAACAUCGGCGAGGGUCGGCAACGACAAUCCACAUCAAGAUGCGCAAAAUUGAAGCAUCCAGCAAACACGGAGAAUGAGACACUCCCUCUGGAUGGCAAUAAGGUUACCCCUUGGGAAUUGGGGUGCAAUCGACUCUCGGAUUUUGGCUUGGUACCAGGCAGAGUCGAAGUUGGAAGGCUCCCUGCCGAUUUCUUCACCGCCGAGGGGGAUAAGAGCAUAACUCUUGAGGAGGCACUACGUACGGAUUCAGAAUCAAUUCGUUCUAGUGCCGUCAAACAGCGUAUAUCAUCCGAUCAGAGAAAGACAUUGGAUUCGGAUGCACUAUAUCUCAUGAUAACAAAUGCGCCUCACGAAGUCAACAUCUUUAAGUAGGAUGUCCGCAUGCACAUUCUUUCUAUCCACCCAGGGCAUUCCCUGCACGACGGCCAUAGUAUCAACGCAGAAUGUAUGAGAUAUUGCGCACGUUUGGGAAGUUCUUAAACUGUCUCUCGUCGAGUAAAACCCGCCUUGUCGAGCAGCAAAGAGAUAAGCUACCUCACGACUGAC